UCCUGAGUAAACUGCUUGCAAGAAGAGCUCCUGUGUUGCAUCUUCCUUGCUGGUCGAGGCGGUCGCAACAGGUGGUGGCCCUUACGGGGUACUCUCCUCUCCUCUCCCUGGAGCCCAGAACUUGCAGCAGUCAGGGGGUGCACCGGUAAGUCCUCAAGGAUCAUUUGGACCCUAUUUGAGUACCGGAGCGCCUGGUGAGGAAAGUACAAGUGCAGAGGAAUGACAAGCAAGAUGAAGCCUCAGACUGUGAUCCUACUGAUGGUGACGGUCCUGAUGUCCCCGUUGUUGACCCAGGCCAAUGAACAAAUCUUGUGGGCCAUAGCAAAAGCAUGGCCAAUUCCUAUACCUGUUCAUUCUACAUCAAAAGUUUUACCUGUGUUUUUUUCCACUAGUUGUGAAUUAGGCUUACCCUGCGUAAAUUUAGACCCUAGCAUGGCUAUGUAUAAUUCAACUGAUGUUCCUCUUCAAGGAACCUUAUGUUUUUCUUUUGAAAAUAAUUCUAACCCACGUAUAUGGUUGAAAAAUAGCUCUGUGGGUAAUUGGCUUGACCCGUUGACCGAUAAUCAUAUUCCUCUCGCCAUGCUCGCGGAAGCACUGAGAACAAUAAAUACGGGUGCUUCCUCGGGCACAGGCAGCGGUAAAAACGGUGGUAAUGCCACAAGUAUUACUACCUUAUUGAUGUUGAUGGAAGGGCUUCGGCCUUCAAGCUCAUGCAUUGGAUUAGGGAAUUCUACCGCCCGACAAGUAUUACCUUAUUGUGCCCCUAAUUUAGGGUACCCCCCUCAUUGGACACCGUGUCAAAGCCCAGAUCAUAAGUCAAAGCAGAUUGCACCAGGUUUUGAAUUUACCCCUCCUUUAGGAAGGUACUCCUUUAGUCUUGCUAAUCGGACUAAUCAGAAAACUAAUAAGAAGAACACAUGGCCCUGGUUUCAAUGGAUUCUUUCCAAUGAAAGAGGGGCCUUUUCAUCCCUAGAGCCUUUUGUUGCCCUUCGUAAUUUGACUGUUCGGCUCCUUAACAUCUCUGCCAGCCGAGAUAGGAAGGGAAUUCUCUCAAAUGUUACUAUAAAUAAAAUGUUGAACAAUGUUACUGUUUCCGCCAGUCCACUGUGCUUAAAGGCACCCUUCUUCUAUUUGCUGACUAAUAUCACCAAUGCCGCAGAGGAUGUGAUCUAUUGUAAUUCCUCUAAGGCAACUUGCCUCGCUAGUCAGUGCUGGAAUGGUACCUAUAACACAGCUGUGGUGAUGAGAGUUCCCACAUAUGUUCCCAUCCCAGUCAGAGUUGAUACCAGUACCUUCCCAAUCGCUCAUCUGCUCAGAACAAAACGAGACUUUGGGAUAACAGUGACCCUAGUCACCACAAUUGCUGUAUCUGCUGCAGCUGCCACGACAACUGCUGUUGCCAUGGCUGCAACAACUCAGAUUGCAGAGACAGUUAAUGAAAUCGUGGAGAGGACAGCCUCCACAAUGACCACUUUGAAAUCCAUCAAUGGUCAUUUAAAAGCUGGCAUUUUGACAGUAAACCAAAGAGUAGACCUCUUGCAAGAGCAAGUGGAUGACUUAGUAACCUUAACCAGUGUAGGAUGUAUUCAUUCCCUCUCCUCUUUCCAGAUUGGAAAUUUCUCCAAUUUCCAGAUUGGCUGA